AACCCGAACCCGAUUACCACAAGAACAACUGGAUAGCAGCUUCUGGCACCUAUCUAUCUUCGUUCCUCGCCGUUGCAACCAAAACCACAUUCUUCGUACCCUUUACACGAAAUCUUGUAAUUUUGUUUCAAAUUGUGUGAACACAUGGCCUCUUCUGUCUCAUUAUCACUCUCUGCACGCCACCUUUCAUUCCUCCAUGGAACAACGCUCUUUCCUUAUCCUCACAGACACAGAGUGCCACCACGAUGCUUCAAUUCUUCCUCGGUUAAAUGCUCCCUCGACCACGUCCCCAAACAAUUCAGGCAGGAAAAUCUCAAGGAUGGAUUGAUGGAAAACUACAAAAAUGCCUCUAAAUAUCUCUAUGGCCUCACUCCUUCACAAAUUGACAUGUUCAUGACCGAAGACAAUCCUGUCCGCCGGCAAUCUGAAGGAGUAACAGAGGAAAGCAUCUCAUCUGCCAAAAAUUAUUUGGAUCAUGGUGGAAUGUGGAGUCUCUCUAGCAUGGGCAACAAUGACCCUUCAAAAUACAGCAUGAGUGUUAGUAUGUAUCGCGGAGGAGGUAGGAUAUCUGAAAGGCCAGAUACAGCUCCACCUGAUCUGCCUUCUUUGCUCUUGGAUGCUCGAAUAGUCUAUCUGGGUAUGCCGAUUGUUCCAGCUGUGGCGGAACUUAUUGUUGCUCAAUUUAUGUGGUUGGAUUAUGAGGACCCUUCUAAACCUAUUUACUUAUAUAUUAAUUCAUCUGGAACUCAGAAUGAGAAGAAUGAGUCUGUGGGAUCAGAAACUGAUGCAUAUGCCAUUGCUGAUAUGAUGUCUUAUCUCAAAUCAGAUGUCUAUACUGUGAAUUGCGGCAUGGCAUUUGGUCAAGCAGCAAUGAUUCUGUCUGUUGGAGCAAAGGGUCAUCGUGCUGUACAGCCAAAUUCAUCUACAAAAUUAUAUCUCCCAAAAGUAAACAGAUCAAGUGGUGCUGUUAUAGACAUGUGGAUUAAGGCAAAAGAACUAGAGGCACAUACCCAGUAUUAUAUUGAGAUGUUGGCAAAGUCAACAGGGAAAUCUGAGGAAGAAAUUGCUAAAGAAAUUCAGAGGCCUAAAUAUCUACAAGGACAGGAAGCCGUAGACUACGGACUUGCUGACAAAGUAAUUGAUAAGCAGGAUCAAGCAUAUGAGAAGCGGGAUUACGAGGCAAUGCUUGCUCAAUCAAGAGCUAUGAGGGGACAAGAUGGUGAGAAUCCUCAAGUGCUUCCUUCUAGAUUUAGGUAAUCAAACAACCCAUGAGGUCACUUAAAAGGUGGGUUAAAGUUAAAUUGACACUUAGUAUAAAGAUCAAGCAGCUAUCUUAUAUCGAGGCCAAGUGGAAAUUUUCUCUGGAUAGUGUAUGGAGUCUGUAUCUUGGCUCUUGGGUGAUGUGUUAAAUACUUACGUUACUUGAAUUACCUAUGCAUAGCUUCAGCAACUAAAGAAAAUGACCAGGUUUCAUAAGUUGUAAAUAUGGAACCAUUACCAAUGUGAUAGACUUGAUUUCAUGGCUG